AUGUCGACAAGCGACAGCUUCACCGUCGACACGCCAACGAUGCUCUGCAUCGCAUUCGCGCUCUCCUUCAUGCCAAUCGCCUACAUACUCGGCACAAGCCUCAUCCCAUCUUCCCAAACCCGUAACCGCAUCCUCUUCUUCUGGCACGCCUACGACGCCCUCACACACAUCUUCAUCGAGGGCUCAUUUCUCUACGAAUGUUUCUUCAGCUACACCACCAUCGCCGGCAUCCACAACACGCGCGAGCCCUUCUUCCUAAACCAACGCGACCGCAUCUACGGUCCAGCCUACGGCACCGGGCCUAGCAGCCGUCUCUGGCAAGAAUACGCCAAGGCUGACCGUCGCUGGGCGGGCGCAGACCUCACUGUCGUCUCGUUGGAAUUGUUGACUGUCUUCCUCGGUGGUCCGGCUGCGAUUUAUGUCUGCUACCAGCUUUAUCGGGCUUCUAGUGAGCGGGUCGGUGCGCAGGUGCGUGGGUCUGCGAAGGCGAAGCUUUGGUUUGUUGCGCUUGCUUUGGCGGUUGCGGAGCUUUAUGGGGGCUUCAUGACUUUUGCUCCGGAGUGGUUGACUGGUAGCUCGCAGUUGGCUACGGAGGACCCGGUUUACAUGUGGUUUUACCUUGUCUUUUUCAAUACUCUUUGGGUCUGGGUUCCUCUUUGGGUGUUGUGGGAGGGUGGUAAGGAGCUUCGUUCAGCUUUUGUUGUACAGGAGACCCAGUCCGAAAAGCGGAAGGGUCAGUGA